AGCAGCACAGCAUUAGACCAACAGACGUCCUAAUAAUGUGCAGUCUGCUGACACUGGGUGACUGGAAACAGCAGAGAUGAAGGAGCUAUGGAUUAUGGCUGUCUUUGCUACAGUCUCUUUAUCACAGGGGAAUCUCACCAUAUCAUCUGCCAUUCCAACCAUCAUUAACAUAACUACCCCAACUACUACUACCCCUUUAACGCCUGAUUCUUCAGCUAGUGCCCCUCCAACUACCGACACUCCAACUACUGGUCAUCCAACUACUGGUUACCUAACUACUACUGAUCCUCCAGCUACUGGUUACAUACAUACUACUGUUCUUACAACUACUGGUUACCUAACUACUGGUUACCUAACUACUACUGCCCCUUUAACGCCUGAUUCUUCAGCUAGUGCCCCUCCAACUUCCGACACUCCAACUACUGGUCAUCCAACUACUGGUUACCUAACUACUACUGAUCCUCCAGCUACUGGUUACAUAAAUACUACUGUUCUUCCAACUACUGGUUACCCUACCUCUAUCCCUGUCACCAGUAUCAGUCUCCCCACCACCUCUAGCACCACCACCACCACCUCUCCUACCAUCUCUAACACCACCACCACCACCUCUCCUACCAUCUUUAACACCAUGUCUAACACCAACACCACCACCACCUCUCCUAUCAUCUCUAACACCAACUCCACCACCACUUCUCCCACCAUGUCUAACACCACCUCCACCACCACCUCUACCACCACAUCUAACACCACCACCACCUCUCCUACCACCUCUACCACCACCACCAUCUCCACCUCUACCACCACAAUCCCUCCUCUGGUCUGUAUCAAUGGUGGUGAGCUGCAGAAUGGAGUCUGUAUCUGUCCUGAUGAGUGGACUGGAGAGACCUGUUCAGAAGGGAAUUUCUGCAAUUCCACCAUCAUUGGUGAUUUUUCCUUCCCAAGAACAACGGUUGGCUGGUCUGCUUAUUCAGAAGAGUUAUGUGAUAAGAAGACAAUCAGUGCCGGUUUACCAAAAGCCUCAGCAAGAUGUUUGAAUGACACUGGAUCUCCGAUGUUUGGUCCUCCUCACGAGCUGCAGUGUGAAUUAACCCUCAGUGACAUUCAAGGAAAUAUCUCCAGUAGUUCAGGUGAUUUACUAGACUUAGCCUUCAGUACUCAGAUCCUGACCUCUCGACCAGAGCAGCUGUCAGCUGACAACAUUACCACAGCAGCUCAGAUAGCUAACACACUGCUUCUGUCUGCAAAUAUCACAGAGGACAUCGCAGUGGCAGCUGUAACAACCAUCAGUCAGCUGCUGAAUUCCAGUGAGGAGAGUUCACAGGAGAGAGACGCUGUCCAAAAGCUCACAGAGACCCUGGAGAAGUUUUCCCUGGACCAGCACAAUAAUGUGUCCUUGGUGGUUCAGCCCAACCUGGUAGUCCAGUCUGUCCAAGUACCAAGUGACUCAGUAGGGAUCCAGUUUACUGCUCUGACUGGAAGAUCUGGUAAUUUUGUGGCCAACAGAAUUCAUCUCAACACUAAUACCUCUGAACUGAUAGCUGACAAAGGAGGUUCUACUGAUGUCCAGAUUGUCAUAGAAUUCCCAUCAGUUUCACGUAGUAAAAACACAAACCACUCCAUUGGUUUUGUACUCUACCAAAACGACCGGUUCUUCAGGUCCAGGGCUUUCAGAGCUUCUUCAGGAACCAGCAGAAGGGUCAUCUCUGCUAACCUGGGACAGGUGUCUGGGUUACAUGUUGAGAUGCUCUUCAAGCCCACAGCUGUCCCUAACGCCUCCCUCUAUGACUUUGCCUGCGUGUCAUGGAACUACACGUUGAUAGACUGGAGCACCUUUGGCUGCUACAAAGUCAACCACUCAGAAGACGGCCUGCGUUGUUUCUGUAAUCACACCACUAACUUCGCUGUGCUGAUGUGUCGUAGCUCUUAUUACUAA